AUGUAUGGUUUCCACUUGAGUGGCACAGUGACAGAGCCUGCAAUGCAAUCAGAACCAGAAACUGUUUGCAAUGUAGCUAUCAGCUUUGAUCGCUGUAAGAUUACCUCAGUGACCUGUAGCUGUGGAAACAAGGAUAUAUUUUACUGUGCCCACGUUGUGGCACUCUCUUUAUACAGAAUCCGCAAGCCAGAUCAGGUGAAACUGCAUCUUCCCAUUUCAGAGUCACUCUUUCAAAUGAACAGAGACCAGCUACAAAAAUUUGUACAGUAUUUGAUCACAGUGCACCACACAGAAGUUUUGCCAACUGCUCAAAAAUUAGCAGAUGAAAUUCUUUCUCAGAAUUCAGAAAUCAAUCAAGUCCAUGGUGCUCCUGACCCAACAGCAGGUGCUAGCAUAGAUGAUGAAAACCGCUGGCAUUUGGAUGAAGAACAGGUCCAAGAACAGGUUAAACUCUUCCUCUCCCAGGGUGGAUACCAUGGAUCAGGGAAGCAGCUCAAUGUGCUUUUUGCAAAGGUGCGAGAGAUGCUAAAGAUGAGAGAUUCAAAUGGAGCUCGCAUGUUGACGCUGAUAACAGAACAGUUCAUGGCUGACCCUCGUCUGUCGAUUUGGAGACAACAAGGAACUGGAAUGACUGACAAGUAUAGGCAGCUCUGGGAUGAACUGGGUGCUCUGUGGAUGUGUAUAGUAUUAAAUCCCCACUGCAAGUUGGAGCAGAAGACUAGUUGGCUAAAACAGCUGAAAAAAUGGAACUGUGUGGAUGUUUGUCCCUGGGAAGAUGGAAACCAUGGAAAUGAGCUGCCCAGUUUUACCAAUGCUUUGCCUCAGGGUGCAAAUGCUAACCAAGAUUCAUCAAACAGGCCACAUCGGACGGUGUUCACUCGAGCCAUAGAGGCGUGCGAUCUGCACUGGCAGGACAACCACUUACAGCAUAUUAUCAGCAGUGAUCUAUACACCAACUACUGUUACCAUGAUGACACUGAAAACUCACUCUUUGACUCUCAUGGGUGGCCCCUCUGGUAUGAACAUGUUCCUACAGCUUGUGCGAGGGUGGAUGCAUUACGAUCUCAUGGAUACCCACGGGAAGCACUGAGGCUAGCAAUAGCUAUUGUUAAUACACUAAGAAGGCAGCAGCAGAAACAGCUGGAAUUGUUCCAGGCUCAGAAGAAAGAACUUCUCCACAAAGGAGUAACCUCAAUAAUGAAUCUUGAAGGUUGGGUGGGACACCCUUUGGACCCUAUUGGCACCCUCUUCAAUAGCCUGAUGGAAGCCUGCAGGGUGGAUGAUGAGAGCUUCCAUGGAUUCUCAGACUUCACAGAGAAUGUGGGGCAAUGCAAAUCUCUGGACUACCAACACCUGCCUGCAUACAAGUUCUUAGAAGAAGGGGAAUCUUAUUCAAUGCUGGCUGUGGAAGUAGCAUUGAUGGGGUUGGGACAGCAACGAGUAAUGCCUGAUGGCUUGUAUGCACAAGAGAAGAUUUGUCGAAAUGAGGAGCAGCUCAUUUCUAAGCUACAGGAUAUCACACUGGAUGAUACUAUGGUGAAGAUUUUUCGAAAACAAGCAGUCUUCCUAUUAGAAGCUGGACCAUAUAGUGGUUUAGGUGAAGUCAUCCAUCGAGAGAGUGUUCCAAUGCACACAUUUGCCAAGUAUCUUUUCACCUCUCUCCUACCUCAUGAUGCUGAAUUGGCAUACAAAACUGCACUGAGAGCCAUGCGGUUGUUAGUUUUGGAAUCUACAGCUCCUUCGGGAGACUUGUCUCGCUCACACCACAUUGCAUCAGUUGUUCCAAACCGGUAUCCCCGCUGGUUCACUCUAAGUCACAUCGAAUCUCAGCAGUGUGAGCUGGCAUCGACCAUGCUAACAGCGGCCAAAGGUGAUGUUCAGAGGCUGGAAACAGUGUUAGAAUCCAUCCAGAAAAAUAUCCACUCCUCAUCACACAUCUUCAAACUUGCCCAAGAUGCAUUUAAAAUAGCAACACUCAUGGACAGCUUGCCAGACAUCACUCUGCUGAAAGUUUCUCUGGAGUUGGGCCUUCAGGUGAUGAGAAUGACACUGUCAACACUGAAUUGGCGACGGCGGGAAAUGGUGAGGUGGUUGGUAACAUGCGCAACGGAAGUAGGUGUUUAUGCACUGGAUAGUAUAAUGCAAAACUGGUUUACACUUUUCACUCCAACAGAAGCUACUAGUAUUGUUGCUACAACAGUGAUGUCCAACAGCACCAUUGUACAUCUGCAUCUGGACUGCCAUCAGCAGGAGAAGCUGGCCAGCAGUGCUAGGACACUUGCUCUACAGUGUGCCAUGAAGGAUCCUCAAAACUGUGCCCUCUCUGCACUGACCUUAUGUGAAAAGGAUCACAUAGCUUUUGAGACCGCUUACCAAAUUGUUCUAGAUGCUGCUACAACUGGCAUGAGCUACUCGCAGCUUUUUACUAUAGCACGAUACAUGGAGCACCGUGGUUAUCCCAUGCGGGCCUACAAGCUGGCCACUUUGGCCAUGGCACAUCUCAACCUGAGUUACAAUCAGGACACACACCCUGCCAUUAAUGACGUUCUGUGGGCAUGUGCACUCAGCCACUCCCUUGGGAAAAAUGAGCUAGCAGCUAUAAUACCUCUGGUGGUCAAAAGUGUAAAAUGUGCUACAGUACUGUCAGAUAUUUUGCGUAGGUGUACUUUGACCACUCCUGGCAUGGUGGGACUUCAUGGAAGGAGGAACUCUGUUAAGCUCAUGUCACUGGACAAAGCCCCUUUAAGGCAACUCUUGGAUGCCACAAUCGGAGCCUACAUUAAUACAACUCAUUCACGUCUCACUCAUAUCAGCCCGCGACACUAUAGUGAGUUUAUAGAGUUCCUCAGCAAGGCCCGAGAGACCUUCUUAAUGGCUCAUGAUGGACACAUCCAGUUUACACAGUUUAUUGACAACCUAAAACAAAUCUACAAAGGCAAAAAGAAACUGAUGAUGUUGGUUCGUGAGCGGUUUGGUUGA